UUUUGUGGUAUUUAUUGACGUCAAUGUGAAAAUGGCGUCCAAUGAUGAAGACUUGUGUACAAGUCACGCAGAUUUUGCUGUAGUAUGUUCCUUUAUCGACAAAUUUGGAGAGAAGCUAGGGUUAACUCUUCCCAACAUAGGCGAGCUUCAAAGUUCAUUAGAAGACACAGACAACGUAAGCCCUCUUGUAUCACAAAGUGUAAGCCAGUUAUUGAGACGCAUUAACAAAUCAGUGAAGUUGGACCGAUGGGAGAAAGGACUCCAGCGCUUUGCACACAGCUAUUCACACCAAGAUGGCUGGGAACUUGAACGUUUUGGCUUCAAAAAAGCCAAACUAGAGGUUAAGAUUCGUGUGCUUAAGAACCUGCUUGAAGCUCAGUUUGAUUUGUAUAAGAGCUUCAAGGAUAAAGUGAACUUAUUGGGAGCAAAUGAGCUGCGACUUCAACCAUGUGGACGUGACAAGAAAGGUGUCUCAUACUGGUGUCAGUUAGAUGAUUGUGCUAAUCUGCGUGUCUACAGCGAUGAUCAAGAUGAAGAAACAUGGACACUUGUUGCCAGCUCAAGAGAAGAACUGGUGGCACUGAUUGCUGAGCUUGAUUCUGAGUCACCACUAGGGGCCAGCCGAGAAAUGUCAGUAGACGGAAGUCAUAGUGGUACUGCAACACCCGUGGGACUCAGUGAAGCCCCAACACCCGUGGACAGCAAGGCACCAACGCCUGUUGCGAGUGGACGAACUUCUCCAGUUAUAGACACUGGUCAAGAUGGUGAGAAAAAAGAUGAAAUGGAAGAAAGUAAGGAACUUGAAGCUAAGGUGGAAGUGGAAAAGGUGAAAGAAAAAUUGGAAGAUGGAAUUGAAUUGCAAAAAGUUGAGAAAAUUAAUAAUGAAAAAUUAGAUGUUGGUGGGAAAGUGAAAGAUAACUUAGAAGUUAAUGAAAAAGUGAAUGAAUCUCUAGAAAUUACAAAAUAUGCAAGAGAAAGAUUGAAUGUUAGUGAAAAAGUGAAAGAGAACAUGAAAACAGAUAUCAAAUACAAGGAAAAAGAUGAAGUGAAACAGAGAACAGAUGGUGGUCAAAGCACGAAAGGAAUAUCAAAGGAAGAACAAUUAGAAAAAGUAAAAGUUGAGGCAGAAGUGAAAGAAAAUGUAAACUUAGUACAAAAACCACAGGAAUGCAAGGAAAGCAAAAUAGAUGUAAAAGCAAACACAAAUGAAAACCUGGAAAAGCAAGAAAAAAUUAGUGUCAGAGGGGAAGGCAGUGAAAAACCAAGUAAAAAGAUUACAGAGAAAAUGGCUGGAAAUGAAAAAGAAAAUGCAAAAAUAGAAGAAAACAAAAAGAAUUCAGCACAUGAAGAAGAGAUUAGUAGGAAACUGAAAGAAAAUCAGAAAAGUAAAAGUGAAGAAAAAGAUCAGAUUUCAGUAAAGGUUGAUGAAAAGAGUGAUAGCUUUAGAAAAAUAUCCAAAAAUUUAAAAGUUACUGAUAAAGUGGACGAAAGUAAAAAUUCUUCAUUGAAAGACGACAAGGAAAAGUCUUCUUUCAGUGUGGAGAAAAGGGAAGGGCUGUCAGUAAGUGCAGAGGAAAGAGAAAAAAAUACACCUGUAGUGGUAGAAAAAGAAAAAAAUACGCAUGUAGUGACAGAAAAAGAAAAGAUUACACCUGUAGUGGCAGAAAAAGGAAAGACUACACCUGUAGUGGCAGAAAAAGGAAAGACUACACCUGUAGUGGCAGAAAAGAAAAAGAAUACAUCUGUAGUGGCAGAAAAGGAAAAGAAGACACCUGUAGUGACAGAAAAGGAAAAGAAGACACCUGUAGUGACAGAAAAGGAAAAGAAGACACCUGUAGUGACAGAAAAGGAAAAGAAUGUGUGUGUAGUGGCUGAAAAGGAAAAGAUUACACCUGUAGUGGCUGUAAAGGAAAAGAUUGUACCUGUAGUGGCAGAAAAGGAAAAGAUUACACCUGUAGUGGCAGAGAAAGAAAAAAUUACACCUGUAGUGGCAGAAAAGGAAAAGAUUACACCUGUAGUGGCAGAGAAAGCAAAAAUUACACCUGUAGUGGCAGAAAAAGAAAAGAAUACAUCUGUAGUGGUAGAAAAAGGAAAGACUACACCUGUAGUGGCAGAAAAGAAAAAGAAUACACCUUUAGUGACAGAAAAGGAAAAGAAGACACCUGUAGUGACAGAAAAGGAAAAGAAUGUGUCUGUAGUGGCUGAAAAGAAAAAGAUUACACCUGUAGUGGCUGUAAAGGAAAAGAUUACACCUGUAGUGCCAGAAAAGGAAAAAACUAUGCCUGUAGUGGCAGAAAAGGAAAAGAUUACACCUGUAGUGGCAGAAAAGGAAAAAACUAUGCCUGUAGUGGCAGAAAAGGAAAAGAUUACACCUGUAGUGCCAGAAAAGGAAAAGAUUACACCUGUAGUGCCAGAAAAGGAAAAAACUAUGCCUGUAGUGGCAGAAAAGGAAAAGAUUACACCUGUAGUGCCAGAAAAGGAAAAGAUUACACCUGUAGUGCCAGAAAAGGAAAAGAUUACACCUGUAGUGGCAGAAAAGGAAAAAACUAUUCCUGUAGUGGCAGAAAAGGAAAAGAUUACACCUGUAGUGGCAGAAAAGGAAAAGAUGACACCUGUAGUGACAGAAAAGGAAAAGACUCCACCGGUUGCAGUAGAAAAAGAUAAAACUCUUCGAACAGUAGUUGAGAGAGAAAAAAACACUGAUAAAUUGAAAUACAGGGCUACUACUUCAGAAAAUGCAGACAGGGAACAAACUACUGUAGCUACAGGGGAUGAAAUAGAAAAAAGUAAAAUUCAAGUAGAGGAAAGAGCACUAAUUGGACUUAAAGUUGGGAAAAGAGAAAAAAUUGAUGCUAGAAUAGAGGAGAGAGAAAAAAUUUUAAUAAAAGUAGACAGGGAAAAAGUUGCAGUAAAAUUAGAGGAAGAAAAAAGUGGAACUAAAGUGGGAGAAAUGGUUAGUGUGGGGGAAGCAAAAACAGAUAAAUAUAAAGAACAAGAAAAAAGUGAAGCUGAGGACAGAGAAAAAUAUGCAGGCAAAGUGGAAAAAAAUGGAGAAAGGAGUAGUGAAGUAGGGGAAAAAGAGAAAAUAGUUGAAUCAAGAAGUGACGGAGAAAGGACAUUAAAUAAAGUGGAUGAUCAUGAGAGUGCAAAACUUGAAGUAGUUGGAAAGCAACCAGAAAAGUUUCCAUCAAAGGGUUGUGAAGGAUAUUUUGCAGCUCAGGUUGAAAAAAAAGAUGUAGCUGGAAAAAAUUCUCACCCUUCUGGACAAGAGCCCUUCAGAAAACAAGAAAAUGUCAAAAAGGAUACAGUGGGUAUUCCUCAAAGUAUUGAUACAAAACAAGAACCAGUGGUAGUGGAUAUUCAGCCAGAUGAUACCACCAAAGCUAUUUGUGAAGAUAUUGCUGCAAAAAAAGAUUUGGCUCUAAAAGAAAGAAUAAGUGCACAAGAUGUUCAUGAAGUUAAAGAUAGGUUUAAACUAGGGAUUUUGGAUAAAGUGGAAGUAAGAAAGAAGGAGAGUGUAUGGGAUAAACUGAACAAGAUGAAAGAAAAAGGAGAAGCAAGUGCACUCGAAAAAGAAUCCAUACACAAAGAGAGGGAAAAAAGAAAGAGCGAAGUAGAUAAGAAGGAUUUUGAGGUACAUAAAAAGUUAAGCAAAGAAAUUUAUAGUGAACCUAAGCACAUAAUCAGCACAAAAGUUGGACAUAAAACAGUAGAGUUCAGUGCAGAACCUGGUAAAGUAGUGAGAAAAGAUGAGAAAGAAAAUACAAAUAAAGAUCUGGAUGAGAAACUGCAUCAACGAGGUGACAAGACAUCACAGGCCAUGUUAAUAAGCCAACCAAAUUUAAAUGCAGGAAAAUCUGCAUGUAAGGUUAGUGAUUUUACUCAAACACAUGAAGUGAAUGAAGGCAAGUCAGAAUUAGUAACAGGUAUAGAAUCACAAACAGUGCAGGAACCAGCAGGUGAUGGGUCAAAGUCAACAAGUUUCAGCUCUGUAGCAUCAUCCUCAGCUGAUCCUAUCAUAAAGCCACAAUCUUCUUCAAGUAAGGUACCAUUUUGUGGUACAGUACCAUCUGUAGACGAUGCUGAUACUGCUGAGCCUCCAUUUAAGAAACUUAGGAUUAUGAAUGUGAAAUCUGAAUCUCAUAGUGAGUGUAAAGAUCAUGUAAGCAUAUUGCAUCAAAAGCAGGAUGUUGAAUUAACUAAAUCUAUAGAAAAAUCUUCAGAACUUCAGAUGAAAUUUGGAGAAACUAGUGGAAAUAAACUCAAUGAUGAUGCAAAAGUUUCAGAAUUUGUAAAAAUGGGCUGUGGUUCAUCAAGCAUAGGUAUUGACAAAAUGCAAAAAAAAAUGGAUGUAGAGAUAGAAACACAGGAUAAUAAGAUGUUACAUCCUAGACCUGUAUCUGAUUUGGUGAAGGUUGAAACUAAAAUUCAGACAUUGCCUGUAAGUGAUUCAAACCUGAAAGGAAAACCACAGAGCAUAAGUGGGAAACCUAUGAGUAUUGAAAAGGUGGCUAUUGCUGAAGAUCUCAGUUGCAAAGGAAGUGCAUCAGUAUUUACAAAAAAUGAAGCUCAAGAUACCAUAAAUGUAAGCAAGCAAACUAUCCUAACUGAUCAGCUAAAAGAUGCUGAAAAUAAGUUGACAUGUUCAGAGGAAAAAAUGGAGGUAGCUUUCAGUAUAAGUAAGGAGAGUGAUUCCUCAAAAGUACCUAUAAAAGAGGAAGCUAAAGAAUCAUUGUCAGAUCCAUCUAAAAAGGAUGUAGAAAAGAAAACCAUUCCUGACAGUAAUGUGCUUAGAAUUUCAGAAAUUAUUUCAAAUACACCAGUGCAGUGCUUACCUAAAAAUGUGGAAAUAGACAGUAAUAUUAAUGAAGAUGUUAAAAACCCAGGUGUCAAGAAUGCUUCACAGUUAAAAAAUGAGGAAACGAGCAAAACCUCAGACAGAGAUUGUCCUAAGUCCUCCAAGACAGAACAAGAAGUAGGAGAAGCCAUUGAAGAACCAGUAAUGUUGGUGAAAGGUGAUGGGGAGGGUGCACAAUGUGAGGCAGGAAAUCCCAUUUAUGAGAGAACUCUUUAUGAGAGAAAUUAUGAUGCAUUUAGUUUUCAGAGUAGAAGACCUUGGUGGGAAUGUUUUCAAGAAAAUGACAAUACAAGAAAAAAUCAAGUUGAAGAAGCAGUGGUUGAAGAUGUGAUGUAUUUUUGGGGGGAGGGUAAUGGUGUGGACUGUGAUGCAGGUAACAAUGGUGAUGAAACAGACACAAAUACUGAAACAAAACAAGCAGAAGGUGGUGGAAGUGGAACUUCUUUCACAGCUGACAAACAAGUAAAUCCAGCAUCAAGCGAUUGUAAACCACAGAAAGAGGUUGAGAAUAUAAGAACAGAGGGUGACCCCAAAGAGGUAGAUGGGGUUUCUGAGAGUGAUGAAGCUAAAGUUAAUGGCUUAAGAACUAGAGAAUCUGUUGAUAAGUCGGAUAAAUCUCAAUCUUGGCAGGGCAAACCAGAAUGCCCUUCUGAUAUUAUUCAUUCAAGUGUAAAUGGAAAGAAAGUUAGUGAGGAAAACAAUAUGUGCAAUGAUACAGAUGAAAGUAAGUUACUUGAAAAAGACAAUGAAGUGCUAGAAUGCAGAAGAAAACGGCGUGACCUUCGGGGAAAGGGUAAUAAAGAAAAAGAAAAAAUACUAAAUAAUACUGAGUUUAAAGGGAAAGAGGGAAAGGUGGAGGUUACUGAUUCUGAAAAUAAACCGUUAAGUGACAAAAUAGAGCUCAGAAAGAAAAAAAAGGACCCAGAAAACAUUGAAGUGGCAACAAAAGAAAAACUGAUAAAAGUUAAAAAAGGAAGAGAUAAUUCACGUACAAUUAGUACUAGAAACAGAACUGAAAGUGAUAGAAAAGAGAAGGAAAGUGAGGGAAAUAAAAAUGACAAAGAGAAAAAUGAAGAGAGUAGUAAAGAGGAGGAGGACGAGGAUGAGGAAGAUGAUGAAGAUGAAAAAGAACUAGAAGAGCUGUCAACAAGAAGUGGACGACGACGAGCUUUGAGUCAGAAGAGAGGCACUGGAAAAAGAAGAAAGCGACCACAGAAGAGAUCAGCAGAACAGCUUCCAGGCACUGAUGGAGAAGAAGAAAAUGAGAUAGACCAUGAUGAUGGUGUGGGAGAAGCUGAUAAAAAGACUGCCCCUCUUCCAAGCAAAAAACGAAGGCAGCGUGGCAAAGGGAGUACUGCUAGACCUUUACCUGAUGUCCCUAGACAGAGGUCUGCCCGCAUUGCAAAGAUUCGUGAGAAAGAGGAGCAAGAGCGCAGAAACCUUGAAGCAAUGAGACUAAAGCAGCUAGCCGAAGAAAAUCGUCUUCGUGAACUCAAAAAGAAAGCCCGAGAGGAAAGAAGGUCACAACGAGAAAUUAAGAAAGGAAGGAGAGAGAGGAAAGAAAAAAAGGAAAGGGAUAGAAGAAAAAAGAAAAGAAAGAAGCGUGGAAAAAGAAAGAGAUCAAACCCUAAUGAUCCAUGGGCCCACUCUUCUACAUCUUCCAGUUCUAGCUCCGAAGAGGACGAGGAGGAGGAUUUAGAGGAAGAUGAUGAAGAGGAGAACUUGGUAUUUAAAAGUGACCAUGAAUUCUCUCCAGAGUCAGAUAUUGAAGAAGCCGAUGCGCAGCCAAUAAAAAGAGCACGCACAGCUAAAAAGGUUACUACUGAGAGUGAAGUGGAAGACGAAGAUGAUGAACAGGAAGAAGAGGAGGAUCAGACACAGUGUACUAAAUGUGGCCAUGACGACCACCCGGAAACUAUUUUAUUAUGUGACAACUGUGAUGCUGGUUGGCAUCUGUCUUGUCUUCGGCCACCUCUUCUUAGUGUACCUGAGGGAGAUUGGGUGUGCCCUACCUGUGAACAUAUUCAACUUGUUAAUAAAUUACGAGCUCUUUUACAUGAGUUUGAUGAAUGUCAGAAGAGAGCUCAUAAUGAAGAAUUAAGAAGACAGAGACUUGCAUAUGUCAAUGUUUCCCUAUCUAACGUCCUACCAGAUGGAAAGAAGAAGAAAAAGAGACGACACCACGAUGGUGAGGAAGAUGAAGAUGAUGAUGAAUCAGGUUCUGAGUCUGAUACAGAAGAUUCUGACAGCGAGAGUGACGACAGUAGUGGAUCAUCAAGCCAAUCUUCCUCUGACUCCUCAGCACCACUAUACACACUGAGAGCACGUAGUUCACGAACUCUUAAAGAACAGGUGGAAGAUUUUGAUGAGAUGAUAAAUGAGGCCAUAAGAGAUGAAAUGGAGGCUGCAGCAGGUGCUGGAAAUGCUGGAAGAGGUAAAGACAUAGACAAUAUAAUCCAGGCAAAUGAUGAAGAAAUCUGUGAUAAUGAAGAGAAAGAGGAAGAGGAGGAGGAGGAAGAAGAGGUAGAGGAGGGUCUGGAACAGGAAAAGAAGCUUGAACCUGAACAGAAACAUGAUCCAGAGAAUAUACAUCAUCAGGAAAACAAGCAUCAACAGCAGGAAAACAAAUUGCAACAGGAAGCAACAGCUAAUGAAGAAAAGAAGCAUGAGCAAGAGCAAGAGACAAACGAGAGUGCCGAAAGCAAAACAGAGGUUGAGAAAGAAGAAACCAAAAAAGAGGAUGUAGAAGGAAAACGAGAAUGGGAAGGAGAUGAUGAUGAUGAUGAAGAAGUAGCUCCUAAAAGAAAAAAGCCAAAACCAGCUGAUGAAGUAACAAAAGGUGGUGAUGAUGACUACAAAGAAAGCGAUGAGAUGGAAGGAGAAUCUGAAUCAGACGAUGAUGUUAAACUGUCUAGAAAGCGAGAACGAAAGGUUGUCACUGUUACUAUAAAAAAGAGAAGACGACUUACUGACCUGGAUGCUGAAGACGAUGAUGAUGCCAGUGAUGAAGACUUUAUGAAUACAAGCGAAGAGGACGAAGAGGAUUCAGAAGAGUCUGCAGAGUCAUCAUCAUCCAUAGACACAGAAAUGGACAGUGACGAUUCUGAUGUUGUUGGAGUGAAGCGUCGUCGAAGCAGCAGGUGGGAAAGCCUUCCUCUCCGUCGUUCAGCACGUAACCGAAGGGGUGGACAGGAUGAUGACGAUAGUGAAAUGGAAGAGAGAUGUUCUAAAAAACAGAAAAACAAGAAAAAGAAAAGACGAAGACAGAGCUCCAGUGAAGAGGAAGAGGAAAUUAGUUCAGAUAGUGAUAGAAGUUAUAAAAAGAAAAAGAAAGUGUCCCGAAAAAAGAAACCACCUUCAAGAUCUAAAGGGAAGAAAGGCAGCAAGAGCAAAAGUGGCAAAAAACAAACAAAAUCUAAACAAAAAUCCAAAAAAGGCAGUGGGGAGGAUGAAGAAAAGGAGAAGAAACCUUCAAAACCAAGAAUUAAAUACUCAAAACCUCCUAAACCCAAAGGUGAAGAACAAGAAGAAGAAGUCACUCAGCGUAGAGUUACCCGAGGUAGACAGGUCAACUAUUAUGAUGCUCUUCUUAUGUCAGAUGAAACAGAGGAAGAAGAGCCUGCGAAGAAGUGGAGAGGGAAGGUAAUGAAAGGAGAGCGUGUUCCUACAGAGAGUAGUGAAUAUGAAGCAUCAGAUGAUGAGAGAAUGAAACGGAGAGGAGUCAGUGGAGGCCUAGGGAGGGGAAAAGUUAUGAAAGGUGAAGAGGAAGAUGAAGAAAAUAAACUUGGAAGAGAAAAGAAAAAGCGUGGACGGCCAAAGAAGAGUGAUGAACUUACUGGCAAGCCAUCUCCUCCUUCAACAAUAAAAACCACUAAUCCUACAUCAGUAUCACCACUACCGUCUGUGCCAACCACGUCAAGUGAAUCGACUGUACCUGUUACACAAGUUGUAACAUCUGUGCCUGUUACACCAGUUGUGACAGUUGUACCAGCUACACCAACAGUAGCAGCUGUACCGGCUACACCAACAGCAGCAGUUGUACCUGCUUCACCUGCAAUAGCAGGUUUGCCUGCUUCACUAACAGUAGCUGCUGUAGCUUCUACACAGACAGUAGCAACUGUACCUGCUACACCAACACUAGCAGCUGUACCUGCUACACUAGCAGUAGCAUCUGUACCUGCUUCAAUAACAGUAGCGUCUCUGUCUGCUGGAUUAACAUUAGCGGCUUUACCUGCUGCACUAACUGCGGCUCUACCUGCUGGAAUUACAGUGUCUGCUGUAUCUACUACACCUGUGGCAGUUUCACCCAUUGCACCUGCUGCUGGGUCACCUGUGCAUAAAACUCCAGAACCUGCUGUUGGUACACCACCAACCACACCAGCACCCAGCACAACAAUUAAAGGGCUAACAACUAGUAUUGCAGCCACAACAAAUAUGGGAAAUAAUAGCCCGAUACAUCAGUCCAUGGGAAAAUGGUCUCCACACUUAUCAGGAGUGAGUGGAACUCCAGGCACACCUCCCAGACCUGGUGUGGGUUCUGGACCUACACCUGGUGCAGGAACUCCACCACGUCCAACUCACUCUGGUCCACCUGUAACACCAUCGCCCCCACCCCCCUAUCGCUCUUCACCGUUACCUAUUACUCCAGGUGGUCCUGGAGCACCCUUAUGUAGUACAGCACCUAGCAGUAUGGCACCUAUUGGACCCCCAACAACUACUACAACUCAUUCACCAGGUUAUCCAGCAUAUAGGCCUCCGCCAGAGCUUUUUGCAGCGCAUCCAGCUUUUCCUGGGUAUGCACCUCCUGGCAGGCAUUCUCCCAGUCCUCAUGGAGUUCCCUCUCGUCACCCUGCUCAUUUACCGCCAGGACACACACUUUCUCGUAUGCCUACUAAUUAUGGACCUCCCCCACUUACUAGUGGACCUGGUCCAGGCCAAAGUCCAUAUUCCUCUAGAGGUAUUCCAUCACAUCCAGGAGUAUUGCGAGGCCCUCAACAUGACUUAUAUAGGCCAUCCCCUGGUGGCCUUCCUGGUCAUGGCUCUCCCAGUCAUCCCGGUCACCCUCAUCUUGUUAUGAAGCCUGGCUAUCCUGGGUUAGAACCUUUACCUUAUUCUGGUUCCCCAGGCCCAAGUCCGUUAGGUUUACAUCUGGGAUCCCAAGGGUCUCCAGCGCACCAGUCACCCAAUGAAGACAGUAAAGAUGAGACACUUCCUCUUGGUAAGGGCCCAGGAGAAUUCAGUAGUGGCUUAAUGUCCUACUUUUCUAGCCAACGUGAUGAUGAUAUUGAGUAAUGGUGAUUAAAUUUUGGCUUGAAACGGCAACUCUCUUUGUGGCAGUUUCAUGAAGGUCUUGUAUUUACUCCCUAAUAUUUUUGUAUUCUCAUUUUACAAGGUCUCAAUCAGUGAUGAAUAUUAUAUAUUAACAUUUCUCAUGGAUAGUGGGUCUAAAAAUCUAUACAAAUUUUUCGACAAAAUUAGUCCUGAAAGGUCUCAUCUGAUCAGGAUCAAUGAAUUUCUUUUAUGGGUUGCAGCACAAAUUGGGUUACUUGCUGUUAACAAUUUGAGACCAGUCAUUUUACCUGAAAUAAAUUAUUAGAAUUGCAGAGAUAUUUUAGAUAUGAUUUUUUGUGUCUUGUAUGUGUUGUAGUGCUGUAUAUAGAAGCUUUUUGUAUUUCCUUCAAAGGAUUCUGUAAAAUAAUGUGCAAAGUUACAAAGCUAUAAUAAAACUAGAAGAAAUA